ACCACAAAACAAAAGUGGAAGGGCUUCGUUUAUCGAACAGUUAACAGUUCUAAAGUCAAUAUUGUAUUUGAAAUAUGAAUCUAAGAACUGACAUGUGUUUAUAUAUAACAAGAUUUGAAAAAUAUCUCGAUACAAAAUCAUCCAUUAAUCAGUAGAAUAAUCUAUGUCAGAGAAAUAUCUACAGUUAUUGCGGUGUUUGUGUUUAGAACGUAUCAAUUUCCUGGAAUUGGAAUAAUCCAAAAUAAAGCUUUCAAAUAGGAAAACGUUUUAUCAAGUGCAAAGUAGCUCGAGCUCGACACUUGGUUGGAAAUAUUGGCCAAUUCUAGAAGAGUUAUGGUACCAUGUUCAAGCUGCAAAUAUUUGCGUGAGAAAAAUUUGGCCGAAUAUGUGCGUUUGUCAAUGCUAUUUGAGCAGAGCUGCCAUAAAUGCAUCAGAUAUUUGGGCAUGCAUAAAUUUGGGACCCUACCGUUUUCUCCGGAAAUGGUGUUACUUGGACUUCAACGUGCGCCAAUUGCUGCACAGAUCUUUUUUGUUCAACUAUGUAUUUACUCUGUUCUUGGACUUGGGUGGAUAUCACCACAAUCUCCAAUUUAUCGUUUAGUGAAUCAAUCCUAUAACAUAAAUUGCACGUUGAACCGCUCGGACCCUGAAACAGAAAAAUUCACAAGCAGUGACUUGAUGUUCUACAUUAAGGAUGCCCCAGUGUCGCAGGAUCAUGUCAGAAUUGUCAAUGAAACAACCAUUCAACUAAACAUACAUAACUCACCAGUUAAUGUAAUCCAGUAUAUAUGCAAGUUGAAUAAUACUAAAGGUGUCGAUAUGCGAAGUGUUUUUGUAGGAUACAAACCAUACAACGUAACAAAUUUUAAAUGCCGUUCAGAGAAUUGGCAGAAAAUGAAUUGUUCUUUUGAACAAGCCUACAAUCCUAUACCGACUAAAUUUGAUUUGAGUUUUCGAUUCGAUACAUCUCCUGUCGAUUUCACGUGCCCUCUUGAAGGUCAAUUCAAUAACACAUGGAAGUGCUCCAUAGAUUUGGACUCUUCGUAUCGACAAUCACACGAGCUCUAUUAUUUUAUGUUGGAAUCAAGCAAUAUAUUUGGAAAAAAUCGGCAAAAUUUUGUGGUAAACAAUUUUAACAAUGUUAUUCCAGAAGCACCUUCAGAAUGCACUGUAAGCAAUAUUACAUCAAAUAGUGCGGUGCUUAAAUGGUCGAUCUCUUACAAACUGCAAACUUUCAGAAGAGAUUUUGUUUUUCAAGUCAAAAUGCUCUCAAUUUAUGAUAAUGGAGCCUGGAAAACAAUUGACGUCAGCCAGAUAAAAAGAACAUUAACAAACUAUACGUUACCCAUAGAAAAUUUGAUGUAUGCAGAUGUUCGUUAUGAUGUCAGAAUCCGAAUGAAAACCGCUACGGCUGAGGAUAUCGAGGAAAUGUGGUCUAAUUACUCAAGCUGCUUAUUCAACACGUUGCCUAAAAAACCUGAUAAUCCACCAGAAGUAGCUGUAGGUGGAUUCGAAAUUAAUGCAUAUAAUGAUAUUUUUGUAUACUGGAAAGAGAUACCUAGAAGUAAACACAAUUCUGCUAUAGGUUUUCGAUACAAAAUCACGGAAAUAAGAAAGAAUGGUGUACCAAUCAGCAAUGUCACAGAAGGACGAAAUGGUAGUACUAUGCAACAAUUCAAAAAUAUGACGGAUGGCAACUACACAUUCAUUAUACGCAGUUCUAACAGUGAAGGUGACUCAAUGCAGUACAGCAAACUAUUGAUACCUAGUAAAAUUUAUCGCAUUCCGAAACCGGAAAUUGUGAAGCUUUUAUCCGAUUCAGGUCGAUACUUACUUUCAUGGAAAGCAACCCAUGAACAGAUUCUGAAAGUAACUUCGUAUACAGUGUUUUGGUGUAAUUCUAGUAGCAAUUCGCCCAAUGAUUGUAACGGUUCCAUAAACUUUGUAUACGUUGACGCUGAUCAACUGUCCUAUGAAUUAAGUAAUGUUAGCUCGACAUUGAAUUUUGCUGUUGCCGCAAACUCAAAGGAACUAUCAUCUGGUAUGGUAUGGGCAUCUUGUACAGCAACACAAAAAAAUGAUAUAGGUAAAUUGAAAACAAUUUGGAUACCAUCCAUGCAGUCUACAUACAUAGAUUUGGAGUGGAAAUUAGAAUGUGGCGAUAGUGCCAUCGUAGAAGGUUAUAAGAUAAUAUAUUGUCCUAUCAGUUCACCACGCGAUCAGACUUGCAAAACACAGGAAAAAUCUCUCAAUAUUACUGGUACAACUUCCCAUCGAAUUAGUGGAUUGAGACCAUACGUUACUUAUAAAAUACAAGUAUCAAUGUACUCAAAAUCCAGAAUCGGCCCACGAAGCGAACCACUUUUUAAUACUACAUUGGAAGCAGCACCAUCUCCGCCCAGAGAUUUAACGUACAAAGAUAUACGGAACGUCUCAGUGACAUUGCAUUGGAAAGCACCUCUCCAGAUUAAUGGCGGAAAAAUGAAUUAUGAAGUAUGGUACAAUCAUUUGCACACUAAAGUAUAUACCGACAAUUAUACAGACGAUAUAACAUAUGUGUUACGCGACUUAGAACCAUUUACAAAUUACAAAAUUAUUGUUCGGGCAUAUACUAUUGGUUACUCAAACAACUCGAAUUCCGUUGAUAUAACAACGGAUAUUGGAACUCCCGGGAUGAUACAUCAACCUGGUUCAGUGGAUCUAAAUGAUACACGAAUAUCAAUUGUUUGGCAAAUACCUGAGCGACGAGCAGGAUGCAUAGAAUACUAUGAGCUCAAAAUUAAAACAAAUAUGCAAAACGAGGAAACUGCUACAAUAUCCCGUGUACAAAGUACACGCUGUCGUUUAACACGAUCUAUUUGUCAAAUUAGCGCAAUCGAGUCGAAUCAUACUGAUAAAUAUGAAUUUUCUGUCCGAGCAGUUAACGUUAUAUUGAGUCCACACGCUCCAAAUUAUACCAUUUGGAAUAAGUUAUCUUGUGAUGAAAAAUACACCUACUAUUCGGAUCAGGAGGUACCUGCUACAUAUCAUCAUGAUCUGUACUCGGGGCAUGUUGAAUGUGAACUUAAUGAUGACGAGGUCUCUUUUAUCAAUUGGACAAAAAUAGAUCCAUACGCUACAUUAUUGCAUAGUCAAUGGUCUAAGCCACUUGCACAUUGGUGUAAUUAUGGCCCAGGUGCGUCAUUGAUCAUUAUCGUUGUACAAACAAUAGUAGCCUGUUGUGGAAUCCUCAUUUUGAUAUUUUUCUCUAUCAUAAGUAUGCAGAAGAUGAAGCACAUUAAAAAUAUAAAGGUUGUUCUGCCAGAUGCAUUAAAUGAUAUUAUUAUUCCUGCCAAACCAGACGCAUUAAAGAAAAAUACAUUAAGACAUGAAAAUUACAGUGAACUUUUAGGGAAGGCUAACAAUGAUAAUUUCUCGCCGUUCCCGUUUCAUCAUCGAAAGAUGGAAGUCCCACUACGUGCAUUAGAGGAUUCUGCGAGCUUGGGAUCGACGGAAGACAAUAUCGAUAAUGAUGAAAUCGUUAAUAAUAUUGACUUAUUAUCUCUGUCAGAUGAUUGUAAAUCGGAGAGUCGAUUUGAAAUUGACAAUAUUAUGCUUUCCCUACAAGCACCGGUUAAUAUGAAAUCAGAUUCGAAAACAUAUGUUAUCCCAAAAAAUAUUGUAAAUUCAGCUCCAGCUGACUAUAUUCCGGCACCCGUAGCAAAUAAAUGCAUGAAUGGUUAUGUGCAAGCACCAAGGGCAAAGACCGUGUCAAGUGGAUAUACGCAAUCACUGGCUGGUAUGAGCGGCGUUAGUUAUUCCAAAACUUCCGUUGCAACUUCUACAGGUGCAAAGAAUAUUUCAGGAUAUGUUACACAUAAACAACUCUCUGAUUAUGGUCACAAUAAUAAAUAAAGUUCUGAAUUUUUCACCAAAAUGUAUAUUUUGAACUAGUAAUAACAAAUAGAGAAAGCAAAGCAAAGGGUCUCCUACGAAAGGCUGAAAAUCAAAAAGCUGAACGGAAGCGCAUUUUUGACGUAGGACUACGUCUUACGGCAAGUUUUGAGAUAGGGUGUCAUUCCAAAAAAUCGAAAAAAAGAGCGUCACAAAAAAUGACAGGUUUUGAGCGCUAAUAGCUCAGCGGUUUUCCGAUCGAUUUUCAAUAUUCUUACACCAAUCGAUCGG